CACAUGCACGCACACACACGCGCCAUCGCAUGCGCGCACACACACGUGUGUGGAUGAGAGGAGGAUGGGAAGCGACUCUUUGGUCUUUCUCUGCCUCCAUGUCUCUGUGAAUGAUGCUCAGGCUUUCAGAGCUGCUCAAGUGAACGCAAUUAUCUUUGAGAAGGGGGGGGGGUGAACAGCACAACGCCCACCUGCUUCUGUCUCUGGUGACAUAAUGCCAGCCGGGAGAGAGACACACUGGCUGGGAGUUCCCAAAUGAUCGGAGGAGAGAAAAGGAGGAGCAGGAGGGAGAAGAUGUAAAGAGGAGGGGGUUUGUGUAUAUGUGUGGACGAGAGAGAGAGAGAGAGAGAGAAAGCAGCUAGAGGAAGAGCCACUGUGAAAGCAUCAGUAAGGCAGCCAUCCGAGAGCGAUAUAUCCAGUGAUAGAAGAGUAGACACGGAGCAAAUUGUGUAUUGCAGCCAUCCAUGCAACACGCACACAAUCGCUCACAAACACACCUCAUACCCUUGUGUAUUGCCUCCACAAAGCUCUUUUGCCAGUUACAUCAUUACCAGAGCAGCAUGGAGUGGGAAUGACAUCAUCUUUAUAGCAAAUACUAACCUCCUUUCUGACCAAUGAAAGAAGCUAUGCCAGUCCUUUCUGCAGGAGCAGGGUUGCAUGAGACGCUUGCCCUGCUGACCUCACAGCUGCGUCCAGAUGCCAAUCACAAAGAAGAUAUGGUUUUUCUCAAGGACGUCUUUAGUGAGAGGAGUCUCAACUAUCUUAUGAAGAUCCAUGAGAAGUUGCGUCAAUAUGAAAGGCAGAGCCCCACUCCGGUCCUCCACAGUGCCUCCAGUCUAGCAGAAGAUGUGGCAGAGGAGUUACAAAGUGGACCGAUGAGUGUAGAGGAGAAAGAGCUUCUACAUCUGCUGACAUCACCUCAUCUCAAGGCAGUAUUGUCGGUUCAUGACACGGUGGCGCAGAAGAACUUUGACCCGGUGCUUCCUCCUCUGCCUGAUGACUUUGAGGAUGAUCUAGACGAGGAGUCGGUCAAGAUCGUCCGAUUAGUUAAAAAUAAAGAACCACUGGGUGCCACUAUUCGGCGGGAUGAUUCUAUGGGGUCUGUGGUUAUAGCUCGUAUUAUGAAGGGAGGAGCUGCAGACAGGAGUGGUCUGGUGCAUGUAGGUGAUGAACUGAGAGAGGUGAAUGGCAUCUCUGUAAUGUACAAGAGGCCGGAUGAGAUCAGUCAACUGCUGUCUCAAUCUCAAGGUUCUAUUACACUGAAGAUCAUCCCAGCGAUAAAAGAGGAAGACAAGCUGAAAGAGAGCAAGGUGUACAUGCGGGCACUAUUUGACUACACUCCAUUGGAGGACAAAGCCACGCCGUGCCAGGAGGCGGGGCUUCCUUUUAAACGCGGCGACAUCCUGCAGGUGGUCAGUCACGAUGAUCAAACGUGGUGGCAGGCCAAGAGAGUCGGAGACAGCAACCUGCGUGCAGGACUCAUCCCAUCAAAACUCUUUCAGGAGAGGCGAUUAGCGUACAGAACAAAAAUGGGCUCUCUUCCAAAUUCCAAAUCGCCAAAAAAGUCUUUCUAUGACCAGGGAUGUGAUAAAGAGGACUGUGACUGUGAGGGCUAUUUCAAUGGACAGUACAUAGUCUCUUCAAAGUGUAAUCCAGUGGUACCCUCCUGUGGCCAGGUGUUUUCCUGGGAUUUUUAUUCAGCUGGUUUGCGAAGAAGUUUUCGUCUAAGUCGAAAGGAUCGUCGUGGUUCUGCAGGAGAUGCCAGUGUUUCUGACCUGAAUGAGACGGAGUAUCUGACUUAUGAAGAAGUGACACGAUACCAGCAGAGACCCAAUGAGAGACCUCGAUUAGUAGUUCUCAUUGGUUCUCUGGGAGCACGUAUCAAUGAGCUGAAGCAGAAACUGAUAGCUGAAAAUCCCUAUCGUUAUGCCGUGGCUGUGCCCCACACCACACGACUCAGAAAGCCUCAUGAGAAAGAGGGAGUGGAGUAUCACUUUGUGACCAGGCAAGCCUUUGAUGCCGAUGUCCAGAAUAACAAAUUCAUAGAGUACGGGGAGUAUAAAGAGAAUCUGUAUGGGACCAGUAUAGAAGCCAUCCGCUCUGUUCAAGCCAAGAACAAGAUGUGCCUGGUGGAUGUACAGCCUGAGGCAUUGAAGGCCCUGCGGACAGCAGAGUUUAAGCCUUAUGUCAUUUUCGUAAAACCUAAAAUUCCAGAAGGUCGCAGGCGCCGCAGUGCUACCACCUCACCAGGAGGGGUCGAACACGGACGAAUUACAGAAGAGGACCUGCAGGAAAUGCGUCUGUCGGCACACCAGAUAGAUCAGCAGUAUGGACACCUAGUGGAUCGGGUCCUGAUCAAAGAGGACACCGCCAGUGCCUGUGCAGAACUGCGUAGCAUCUUGGAAAGAUUGGAACGGGAGACUUUUUGGGUUCCUCUGAGCUGGGUCAGGGCUUAGUACGCCCAUACUUCAUUUCAGACUGUUGACCAACACCCCCACUGAUAGCAUUUCAGUGUUUUCUUCCAUUUUGUGCAGCUUGACUGCUCUUGCCGUCUAGGGUCUGGCUUCUCUGAGCACUGCCAUCUUCACAGGUUUGGGUUCAAGAGGUACAUCGGCAUAAAGAAAAAAGAGGUUCAGACCGUAGAGGGUAAAUGUACAGAUUUUGGUUGUGGUUUGGGACAUGUAGGCACAUAUGCACUUAAUGGCCAUGAAUGAUCUUAUUUAUUUUUAAUGGCAUUAGUUUUUUUUUUGUAUAUGUCAUGAAGUUUGUUUGUGGCAUAUUUAUGACAGCAAAGCUAUAACAAAAAAUUAUUGAUUUUAAAUUGCUAUUCAACAUCAGUAUUCUUCCUGAGGAACAGGGCACUUUGGGAAAUGCACAGGUUGGACUAUAAAAUUUUAAACAAAUAUCAAGCUUAUUCAUUGUAAUGCACACCCAUAAAGAGACUUUCUUAGGGAUAAAUCAUUUUGUUUUACCGUCCCAAAGCUUUAGCUAUUAUGUCGUUUAUUUUCAUCAUAAAAUCAGGUUCUCUUUGCAGAGCAUGACUGAUCAAUGUUUAAUCCUACAUAAUAAAAAAUAGCUUAUUUCUGCAGUGCCAAUGCCUGUCACAAUGCACAUACUGUAGCUUUUCUUGACUGUGGAUUUUCUUUAACAAGAGGGAAAUGAGAUACCAUGCCAAAGCACUUAAGCUGUACAAUAUCUGUGUACAUAUUUUAAAACUAAGCUUUAUUAAGCUUGGGGUUUUAGUUGUAGACGAACCGAGACAGUAAUACCUAGCCCCUUAAUUUAAAACUAGAUAGAAAACUUUUAAUUGAAUGGUUUGUAAAAAUCUGGUUGUAAGGCUCACUGUGUGUGUCACAGUCACAUCAAAAUCUCACCUGUAUCCUUAUACAAUAACUGUAACUUUUACAAUCUCUUUCUGUCUUGUAUCAUGAAUUUCUCUUGGUCUUACCUCAUCCAAGGGCCUCAUUUAUAAAAUUCUACGUAGAAACCAUCAGACAUUUGAUCUUACCAUCAUUUAUCAAAAAUGCGUAGGUGUGAUUCAUAAAACGAACGUGCGCACAGAAAACACACGUCCCUCUUUCUUUCAGAUGUGAAAUCUAUAAAUCGCAAAUGAUCUUGAACUUGCGCGCAGAUGAGCAGUUUCAGAUCUCCGCCUUUAAACAACGCCUAAUUAAUGUCAUAGAUACAUAAAAGAGCGCUUGUCAGUGUUUAAACCAUAGACUGUAAAAAAAGAUGGACGACACGACGUCGCCUCCCACCAUUGUAAUGAAUUAAAGCCAAAAAUGCAUAGACGGUAAAAGAAAUGGACACAGCGACCCCAUUGGAGAGUCGCAGGUUAUGACGCAAUCGUUAGCUUGUUUUUACAAAAACUGCUUUUACUGGGCCAUAACGUAAGAUACAAGGUAAUGGAGCAUUUUAUACAUUUUCGUGUUUCUUUAGAAAUAAUUAAUGGUCAAAUGGAGUCUUUAACUCUUUCGCCGCCAUUGACGAGAUAUCUCGUCAAUUAAGAGAAAACGCUUCCCCGCCAAUGACGAGAUUUUCCGUCUUUCCGCAAUACC